AUGGGUCAACAUUGCUUCUAUCACCCAUCGCCCAUGACCAAAAAACCGGGCAGUGACCCAAGCCGUGGAAACCCGAUGUAUAAGUACAGAGUUGACAAAUUAUCCAGUCCAAGACUAUCGUCAGUUAGCAGGAGCUCUGCUGUUUCGAGCCCUGGGUUGGACGUGCCGUUGGUACCUACCCCGACAGAGUCUCCAGGACUGGAGGUUUCGGCAUCACCGGGGUACCUUGGCUCGACAAGUUUUUCGGCAGUGCUUGCAGAACAUCAGAAGGAGAUUCCCGGUGAUGUCGACGUGCCACCUGGAACAACGAUUGCCGUGCCCAUAAUCAGUCCUGACUCUGACCGUGCACAAAUGGCUGUUAGGGUGCUAGGUAUACUGUACAAUCUGAAAUUCUUUGAUUCUAUCAUUAGUCAGUUUUAUGCUGGAAAGUGGUACAAGGUCUUGCCUCCAUACAUCAUUGACAGAACGCUUUAUGCAACUCGCCAAAUAUAUGAUAGUUUUGAAGCCCCAGAGAUUGAAGGCCGACUUCGAGGGUUUGCUCUUCGAAUAUUCCGCAAUUCAUCUCGCCCAAUUCCUCGAUCAAAGACCAUGACUGUUGAUGACUACGCGGGAACUUUUACAGGGCCUAACACUCGUUGGGAAACAAUUGCUCUUAUCUUAGCGACUGCAGGCGUUGGGCUACUUUCACGUCCUGAACAGGAUCCACUGAUUAGUGAACUGAGAGGAAGCGAUGAUAUGAAAGGCAGCUCUGAGCUGAAAGACAAGCUAGUCUUGCAGCUUUCGGAUGCAACGAGCAAUUGUCUAAUGCUUUGCGAUCAAGCUUCAUCUUCAAAUGAGAUUCUUGCCUAUGCUCAAUACGCGGAUGUUGUGAUGAAAACUCAACAAUAUGGUGACUCAAGUUACCAGGCCUGGCGUCGACUAAGUGAUCUCGCUGCCACUGUGUAUGCAUCAGGUUUGCACCAGGUGGACGGCCCGGCAGACGAAAAUUGUCCAUUCUUUUUAAAACAAGUGAGGCGAGGCUGUUUUGCUGCCGCCUUUUUCACCGACAAGUCAGUUGCAACGUUUGUGGGUCGUCCGCCACUUAUCAACUAUCGAUAUUGCUCUCUUACUCUGCCUUAUGACAUCGACGAUGAUAUACUCUUCGCGGAUAACGAGCAAGAGGUUCUGUCGCAUGUGGACGUAAAUGGGUGGGACAAAGAUGGUAUAAAACGCCGUCCAAGUGUUAACCGCAUCAGGUUGCAGCUUUCUUUUUUCCGUGAAGAGAUUUUAGAGCUUGCGCUAGGUGAUGGCUACCAACGUGACAUGCCUCGUAAAGCCGAACAAAUUCUGGAACGGGCACAGAAGGCAUGGGGCCAGUGCCCUGCACAUCUGCGAUAUGACUGUCUUUCUCCAGAUGAGCUCGUGCAUCCUUUACAUGACACCUAUCGGAUGUUGUUUUUAUUGUACAUUGACUAUUUGCACAGUCACUUUCUCUUGCACAGAGCCGUAGUAAAGCACACUGACGUCGGCCACAAGCCACUAUUCGACACUGCGAGAUUACUCCUGUCAACUGUCCUGCGAAUCUGCAACGACCGCGAGACCACAACGGACAGAAGCAAACAGGUGUCCUGGGUUAUGCUUUAUUAUGGUCUUCCAAGCGCAUGCGUGCUUGCCUUUGAAGUUCUACGACAGGGCCAGAAGCCAGGCCCUCACCUAGUCGUUCUCCCGCGAUCCGAAAUCAUUCGAAAUUUGAGCGUUUUUGUUUCGUGCCUUGCUUGGAUUGCAAGUCCAAGCCCUAGCCACGGGAAUUAUACCGCGUGCAAAGAAGUCGAGAAAAAGCUGUCGCGCAUAUUAGAUCAGAUUCUCGAUCCACUUCCACUUGUUGCACCUCAUGAAGAUUUAAAUUUCGUUGAAGAUGUCGCCUCCGGGUUGGAACCAUAUUUGGACUGGAGUCAGUUCAAUACACUUGACUUCAAUUCCGAGUACUUUUCGCUUUAG